CCGAGAGAGCAUUCACUGCAUAUUGGUGCUUGACGAGCUACACAGCACGUUCCCAGAGCAGCAGGACUCCAGCGCUGGGGCAAUGGCCCAUGCUUUCGUGUUAUCCAUCGUGUCGACCAGUGCUCACGAGCUUUGAGCGACGCUUUAAUACUUUCUCCAGGCGUUUCUUGUCCCACGCAAUGCCUAGCGACGAGGAAUAUAACAGCAGAUGGAUUCAGAUCUGGUCGGACGGCCUUCCUGCUGGCCAGGGUUUCGACGCGUCAAGAUCGGCCCCAUCCUUGGUGAACAAGCUGACAUCUGGACAUCUGAGUGUGCUUGGAAAGCGUGCGCUUGUACCUGGUUGCGGGAGGGGCUAUGAUGUCCUGCUCUUCGCCGAGCAAGGUGCAGAAGAAGCCAUCGGCUUGGAGCUCUCCAGCAAUGCUGUGAAAGCAGCAGAGGAGUAUAGGAGCCAAUCUGGGCUGGCGGAGAAACUGGCCUCAAAAGCUCAUUUUAAGCAAGGCGAUUUCUUUCGGUAUGAGGAUGGGCUGUUUGACAUCGGCUAUGACUACACGUUCCUGUGCGCUAUGCACCCGGACAUGAGGAGCCGGUGGGCCGAGGCAUGGGCGCGCCAGAUCAGGCCCGGGGGUGAAUUAGUAACCCUCAUGUUCCCUGUAGAUCCUGCCAGGCCACGCGACGAGGGGCCGCCGUUCCCUCUCACCCCUGAGCUCUACACCGAGCUGCUGUCUCCCCACGGCUUUGAGAGGGCUUUCUUUGAGGCAGUGCCUGAGGACCAGAGCCAUGAGGGCCGGCAGGGCAAGGAGUUCAUUGCACGCUGGGUCAAGGCCUAGGUUGAAGAAUUCUGUUGUAUCGUUGAACUCAAUCGUUGACAAGCCUCAGUUGCGCUAUUCUCUGCCGUGGGUCGGCAGAGCUUACUGUGAGUGCACUGGCGGCUCGCCAUGGCUGAUAUAAAAGUACUCCAGGAGUGAAGCAGGUCCUUUUAAUUGCUUCUCUAUCUGUGCAAGCAGUGCCAUGUUCGUUAACAAAGGGACGAGUCAAAUUUGCAUCCACCGCGGGAGGAGCCCUUCCGCUUGGCAAGAAGAGAGAGCUCUUGUUAUUAUCUUAGUAACAGAUUCUGAGUG